GCGGACUUGAGUGAAGGGAGCGUACGUAAUAUGUACAUAUACAAAUAUCACACCAAUAACAGAAAACAUUAAAGUGUAGUUCUCACUUUCUCAGUACAGCUGAAGUAACUGUAGUGUUCGGACGUCUAAAAUUUUAUUUUAAUAUUUUAAAUAUCGUUGUUAAAAUGGAUCGAAAAUUCGUAAAUGUUAUUAUAUUAGGAUUCGGUUUUAUGUUUGUGUUUACUGCUUUUCAAACAAUGGGAAAUAUUGAGAAAACUAUACUCGACAGUAUUACGCAAGACGACAGUUCCUUCACCGGAGAUGGGUACACAUCGCUCGCCAUUAUCUACGCUACUCUCGCAAUUUGCAACUGGUUGGCUCCAUCGGCUAUUACGAUUACGGGUCCAAGAGGGGCAAUGCUUAUCGGGGCCGUCACAUAUUUGUUCUUCAUAGUGACGUUCCUGUUUCCUCGCACGUGGCUGCUGUACGUGGCGAGCGUGCUGAUCGGCGCCGGGGCCGCCAUGAUAUGGACCGGCCAAGGAAACUAUCUCACAAUGAACAGCGACGCGGAAACGAUAUCAAGGAACUCGGGUAUCUUCUGGGCUAUGCUACAAUGCAGCAUGUUCUUCGGUAAUCUGUUCGUGUUCAUAAAGUUCCAAGGGAAAUCUCAUAUUGAUUUGGAGACGCGCAACGUUGUGUUCGGCGCCCUGACCGGCGUGUGCGUGCUCGGGAUCGUCUUCCUCGCGCUACUGCGGCCGAUCAAACGGACGGCCACCGUCGAAGACGCCAAGGUUGAAAUCGCCUAUCGCGACGCCGAAGGGCCGCUGGAGGCUUUCAAGGGCGCCCUGAAGUUGUUCUGCACCAAAGAUAUGCUACUUUUGAGCGUCACCUUCAUCUAUACCGGAAUCGAGCUUUCGUUCUUCAGCGGCGUGUACAGUCCCAGUAUCGGAUUCACUUUGGCGAUGGGGGAAAACGCCAAGCAGCUCGUCGGGCUCUCUGGGGUGUUCAUUGGAAUGGGCGAAGUUCUCGGCGGAGCUUUGUUCGGUAUUUUGGGAAGCAAGACCACACGUUGGGGCCGCGAUCCCAUCGUCAUCAUGGGCUUCAUAAUCCACCUCAGCAGUUUCUUCCUGAUCUUCAUUAACUUGCCGACGGUGGCGCCCUUCGGGGACACGUCCGAGGUGUCUUACAUCACCCCGUCUGCUGAGCUGGCGAUGUUCUGCAGCUUCCUGCUGGGCUUCGGAGACGCUUGCUUCAACACUCAGAUCUACUCGAUACUCGGCGGCAAUUACUCGGAUAACAGCACGUCCGCGUUUGCUCUCUUCAAGUUUACACAGUCUCUGGCGGCGGCGGCGUGUUUCUUCUACUCGUCGAAGGCGCUGCUCUCGGUGCAGCUCGUGGUGCUCGCCGCGCUGGCGUCCGUCGGCACGGCGUGCUUCUGCCGCGUGGAGUGGGCGGGCAGGGCGCGCGCGCGGGCCGCCGCCCUCGCCGCCGCCGCCGACGACAAGCCCUCGCCCUCGCACGCCCUCGCCGACGCCGACGCCGACAACGCUCUGCACUACGACUGAUCUCGCCGCGGGACCUCUCAGAGCGAACACACGGACCAGUGACACAUGCCCCGCAGCUUACCCGUUCAAAUUUGGAAUUAAUGAAACAUGUUCUGAAGUCGUCGUGGCCUUAAGGAUAAGACGUCCGGUGCAUUCGUGUGUAGCGAUGCACCGGUGUUCGAAUCCCGGUGUACCAA